GCAGGCAGAAGCAGCAGCCGCAGCAGCAGCAGCAGCAACCAUGCUGCCCGGGGUGGGCGUGUUCGGCACCAGCCUGACCGCCCGGGUCAUCAUCCCGCUUCUAAAGGACGAAGGCUUCGCGGUCAAGGCGCUCUGGGGCCGCACUCAGGAAGAGGCGGAAGAACUGGCCAAGGAGAUGAGCGUCCCCUUCUACACCAGCCGGAUAGACGAGGUCCUGCUGCACCAGGAUGUGGAUUUGGUCUGCAUCAACCUGCCGCCUCCCCUCACCAGGCAGAUCGCGGUGAAAACUGGAAUACGGCAAAUUACGAGUGAUGACUUCUGUACAUUUCAAAUGGUCUUAGAAGGUGGCGUGUGCUGCACGGUUACCCUUAAUUUCAACAUGCCGGGAGAAUUUAAACAAGAUAUUGUUGUGAUUGGAUCAAACGGGCGGCUAAUUGCGGUCGGCACUGAUUUGUAUGGACAAAGCAAUAACUCUCCACAGAAGGAGCUCCUCUUGAAGGAUUCUGCCCCAGUCAGCAAUGCCUUGUUACCUGAGAAGGCCUUCAGUGACAUCCCAUCUCCGUACCUCCGGGGCACUAUAAAGAUGGUACAAGCAGUCAGGGAGGCAUUUGAAGAUCAAGACGACCGACGGACCUGGGACGGACGGCCACUCACAAUGGCUGCAACUUUUGAUGAUUGCCUCUAUGCUUUGUGUGUGGUGGAUACCAUUAAGAGAUCCAACCAGCUGGGUGAAUGGCAGAAUAUUGUGAUUAUGACCGAAGAACCAGAACUGAGUCCUGCUUACUUGAUCAGUGAGGCCAUGCGGCGGAGCAGGAUGUCUCUGUACUGCUAGAUUUUUGUCUUGACUCGGGGUGGGAAAAAAAAAGGAAGUGAAUCGAAUCAGCUUUUCCCUGACAGAAAUAUGACUAUACACAUCAGGCCUGGAAAAGGGAAGCAGUUUAAAGGAACAAUAUUUGUUGCUAAAGCCACAUUGCCUAGUUGGUGCUGAAAUAGUAGAUGCGUUUGAAAUGCCCUCGUAGAACCUGCAGAUCCUUAUGGAGGAAAAAUGUGUGUUAGCUUUUUACCAAAUAAUAGGAAGGUAAAAUGUAAUCAGUUUGCAAUCUGUUGGGGCACAGCUGAUUCAAUUGUGUUUACUGUUUUUUUUAAAAAAAAAAAGAUUCAGGAAGGUCCAGUUGGGUGUUACAGGAAAAAAAAA